UGUCGGGAUUAGUUGUUGCGGGAAGUUUAAGCAGGGAACUCUAAUCCGCGCUGACAGGGAGGUAAUGAGAGAGAUCGGAGGCGGUGGAGAGAUUGGGGGUCGGCGGCCUGGUUCAGAAAUAUCUCCAUCGUUGCCGUGACCGCCAGAAAACAGACUAUAAACUCGCAGCGCCAUUAGAGCGCCAGGAUCACAACAACGGAAGCGCAAACACGCCGGCUGCUAGGAUACAAGUAAUGUCUCUUCCUGUUUCGUGUUGCCUUGGUAACAAGAUGCUACAGCUGCUUCUUUAGCGUGAAGAAGAACAAGGUUGCGGAGACCGUGAGAGAAGUGCGAGGGAAAACCGGAAGCUGUGUGUCCCAACAGAAAGAGCCGCUGCAGUACAUCACGGUUGGAGAGGAAGAGGAAGCAUGCUGUAUAGUCAAAGAAGCCGUCCCAGACAUAGGGAGGUCACUGGACCUCAGCCGCACUCCGUAGCAGUAGUGGCCAAGUUCCCUUCUAGCCGACCAAGAGAUUUUGCCAUUCUUGAAAGGAGACGCCAUGAGGAGGCCCGAGAACAGAUACUCACCUUCACAAAGCUGAACACAACAGAACGUGUGAAGAAUAAAUGGGCGAGGGUUACAGACCAGAAGUUGCUGCACAACAUGGUGCAGAGGGAGGUGUAUCGGACAAUGGAGGAGUACAAAAUGCAUCUCAAUGAGAGGAGAGAGAGGCUCAGCACCUUACUGGAGAGGGAAGAGAUGGCGUAUAUUAAAGAAAUGGAGGCUAUGGAGGAAACCACUCUAGAAAGACAGGCCAAAAUGAGAGAGAGAGUGAAAAGCCUGAGAGAAAAGAGAGAAAAGGAACGAAUGGACUUUAUAGCUGAGAAACGUGACCAGCAAUUCAGGGAGCAGUGUGAGGAGCUGCGCUCAUUGAGGUCCCAGAUUCAUCUGAAUGAGGUCUGCACAGAAAGGAUGGCCCAGAUUGUACUGAAGGAGGAGCUGAACCGCCAGCGCAAGGAGGAGGACACCAUCUUUGAUCAGUUGUGGGAACAGGACCGAUUGGCUAAAGAGGAGCAGGAAGAGAAGAAACGCCAGAAGCGUAUAGAGCUCAAUCAGGAAAUUGCCUGUCUUCAGAAAGCUGCCUCAGAGGCCCAAAAAAUGCAGGAAAAACGGCUAAAAGAAGAAGAAUCCAAGUUAAUGGCAGAAGAGCAGCGCCUCAUUAAGCUGGAGGAAGAACGGAAUCUAAAAGAAAAACAGCAAAACAAAUUGCAAGUCAAAAGCAUGUUGGAGGACUCCAUCCGGCUAAAGAUGAAACGUUUGGCCCGGGAACAGCAGGAGGAACUGGCACUCGACAUGAAGAUCUUGGAGCAUGUUAUGCAGGGCUAUCAGGAUGACACCGAGGAGAAACGCCAGCGCAAGAUGGAGCUCAGGAAAGAGCAGCAGCUUUAUCGGGAAUACCUCGCUCAGCAGCUGGAAGAAGAAAAACGCCAGGAGAGAGAAAUGGACAAGAUGAUUGAAGCAGAGCUUGAGAAAUCUUGGGCCAAGAAGUCGGAACAGAUGCGGAAGGAGAAAGAGGCACGAAAACGCCUGAUGAAGGAUGUGAUGGAUACACGGAGAGUCCAGAUUCAAGAAAAAUUGGAGAGAAAUGCAAAGCUACAGGAAGAGCUUGCCCAUGAUAAGGAGCUGUUGGAAAGUGCAACAGAAGAGCACAAGCAGCUUGAAACAGAUAGAAAUGCCAGGCAAAUGAAAGUGGCCCAGCAGUACCAGCGGGAUCUCGUUAGCCAGGUGGCCUAUCAGCAGUCGCAGCGGCAAGCCGAGAGAGAGGAGGAACAGCGAGAGUUUGAGGCAGGACUGACGGCUGAGAAAGCUUAUCAGAAUAAACUGCGGGAAAUCCUGUCCAGACCUUAUGUUGGCCACGAGAACAUUCACCCCUUGAGGAGGGGCCGCAUUUCUAGCCCUAAGGACUGGCUCCCACAAUAGCCGGAUUCUCCCCUUUUCUCGUCACAGUUCUUUAUUUGGUCCCUUUCUUUUGAUACAGGCAUCAGAGGUUUACAUGCACAUGUCACAUCAUAUUAUUUCAAAAUGGGAACCAACAAAAGCUAAGUAAAAAAAAAAAAAUACA